AUGCGCCUUUACGUGGGACGGCCACGACAUUUGGGGAUCGGUCGUUUUAUUCAAUCUAUGCGGGCUAAAUUGAACGAUUGGUUUGACAGCUUGCCGGCAGAGAUCAAAUUGGACACUGCCCUCCUCCAAACAUAUUUGCCAGCAAUCUGCUCUAUCGAGCCAGCUAGAUUCUUCUCUACCGCAUAUUCAUCCCAAACAUUCUCCCUGCCCCCACUGCCGCCCCCAUCAACCUCAUGUACCAGGCCUCGAGAGCCUGUACCACAAAGGCAGAGGAGACACAGGCUCCUCGGACUUUACUCCAAGUCAUUUGUUUUGCAAAACAUGACCUACAUCAUGACAUGGAGCAUUUAUUCUGCCGCCAACAUUAAUGAGGUUGACUUUCUUGGUAAUGACACUGAUAUUACUGCGCCUGGUGCGAGGCUCAGCAUGUCCAUGUACGUGCUGGAACAGUGUAUACCGCAAAUGCCCGGGACAAAGCGUUCGAUAGAGAUUCUGAAGUAUCACCACCUGCCGCGCCCGCGAUCGAUCGCCAGCACGAAGCACGGCAUUUCGAGGUCAUUCCCAGAGUCAUCGUCCGUGGCGGACGUCGACGAGGAUGGCGCUCGUAAGCUGAGGCGGCCGAGAUCAACGUCCAUCCAAGUAUCGACAACUACGGCACAACAGCGUGAAUCCUUACUCGAAGACGCACAGAUGUGUCUGUCGUCGAUCAUUGACAGUGCACCAUCGACGGAUUCAGAGAGCCUACUCAGAUCGAUGUCUUCUAGUCAUGCACAGCAAACAGAAGUUGAUAUAUCCAACGCCGCGGCACCCCUUGCUCUACUGCCUAGCUAUAGUGGCCAGAAAAUAUCAUUCGGCUCAGAGGAGGACCAGAUACAAAGCUGGAUCCGCGUUGAUACGGCCCCCCUGCCCACCGAGGAGUGUCCUGCCGGAUCAUCCAAGGCUGCCCAACCGCAGACAUAUCCCGAAACGGAUGAUUGGGGCACACUGUAUUCGCUGCUUACGGUUCAAGACGUACCCGAUGUAGACACCAUGUUUGCAGCAAAUGGCCUCGAACAGACAGAUCUCAGCCAGGGUGUCAUGGCGGUACCGUCGUUUGUUGAGUCCGAAGUUACAGGUCAUCAGAUUGAUCCUUGGGCUGCGUUUUUUGAUGAGAAUAUGGAGUGA